AUGACAACUACACUUCAAGAAGAGAUUCAACAACAACAACAACACCAUUAUCAGUUACGACAUCAUCACCACCACCAUCACCACCAGCACAAUCACAACACAAUCUCUAUGGAUAGUACUCCAACUACUCCAAAUAAAAUAAAUAGCACAUCUUCAUCAACAUCUAAUUCAUCUAACCAACAUCUGAUACGUGGUAACAAUAAUAAUAAUACAAAUACUACAACAUCAUCAUCGGAUAAUUCAAGUUCACCAGUUUUAGCAUCACAAGACGAUACACUCAUCACCAAAGAAACCAUCGAGUGGGCUAAUAUAAUGGCAUCGACACCAACACUUCCACAACUACCAACAUCACCUCUACUCUCGUUGUCGACUAUCGCAGCGGUUGCAUCGGCAGUCGGACUCAACCUCGACUCGUUGUUGUUGACUCUGUCCAAUUCGAAUCUGCGCAAUCAAUUGCCAUCGAUCACUGCUUCCAUCGACAACGACGCCAACUCCACCGCUGGCAACAUUCUCCCACAAAUCUCAAACUCUAUCAACUCACUCGUUAUGGCACAAUCACAAUCGUUAUCGGCCAACAGCGGCAGCAACGCCAACAAUAAACUCUCAGAUUCAUUUAAUAAUUCAAAUUAUUUCUUUAACUUUGAUGAUUACCAACAACAGAACAACAACAACGGCAACACCUUAACAACACCAACAACACCACCAAACAUGACAAUCAGUAACAGCCAGUUGUUAUCGUCACUAGGUUUAAAUUUGACUGCUAUCAACAGUCUCGCCAGUAGUAAUAAUAAUAAUAAUAGCUCUGCAGUGACCAACGCCAACAACACUACCACAACUACCGAUCCAAAUACCGCUAUUUAUUUGAACAAUAGUCAACAACAACAACAACAACAGUUGCAACAACAACAACAAUUGUUCAAUAACAAUUUGUCUAUACUUGGUUCAUCGAUUGGCCAGGCAUUCGAUAUCUACAACAAUAUCAUCCAGUGCAAAUGGAAUCGUUGCGAGCUCAAGUUUGAGUCGCUCACCGAUUUUUGGAUUCACUUUAGAACCGAGCACUUCAAACAUAAGCCAUCGGUUUCCACCACCAACACUGCACUUCGUCUUAGCAAUGGAUCCAUUAACUUUAACUCUUCGGUGGCAUGCGAAUGGGAUAACUGCUCUCAGGUCAUCAAGGAUUUCCAUACACUCAUGGGUCACAUUAAAUUUACACAUCUCAUCAACCCAUAUGAUCCAGUUUCUGCACCAAAGAUAUUGACAAAGAAGAAAAAGUUGUUAAAUCAGUUGAUUGAAACAUGGAAGGAAAAGAAUGAUUCCAACUCCAAUAUUCAACAUCAACAACAACAACAGCUACCACAACGUAGAGUCAGUGGAGGUGGUAAUGCAGAGUAUGGUUCCAUCUUGUCUCAGUUGGCACAGAACUCUGUAAAUAUGGAGCAAGUCAAUGCAUUAAAAGAGAGUUUCUCCCAUCUUCAUCCAUAUGACCCAAAUACUGAAUACUCAACGACCGAAACCACAUCUCUACAACCAGCACAACUUCAACAACAAAGUAUUGAUUUUGAUUUCAACCAACUAAAACAACAACAACAAAAGUUGAAUAAUAAUUCAAUUUCAUUUAUUCAUCCAUCACUUAGAAAGUUGGAAAAUGACAGUGAUGAUAUUCUUCAACAACAACAACAACAACAUAUUCAAUACAAUCAACUACCACCAGUAUUGGAUACCUCACCAAGUCUUGACAUAAAGAUGGAAGAUGGCGUAAACUUUGUAAAUAAUAGUAAUAACAAUCAUAACGGUCAACAAACUACAAAGACCAACAAGAGAAAGAAGAACAAGGAAGUAGAGAGUGAUUCUGGCGAGGAUGACAGCGAUGACAUCGAUGCAACCACUGGAAAACGUACAGCCUCUAACGGCACUACCGCUGCCAAUGGACAACCAAAGAAGCCAAGAAAGAGACGCACAUCCACACCGACUGGACCGUUCGAGUGCAAGUGGGCCGAUUGCAAAGACUGUUUGUUUGACAGUCUCAAGGAGUUGGGUGAGCACAUUGCCGACCACGUCAAGAACCAAAAGGGUAAGAAGAGUGAGUCGCUCUGUGAGUGGGUUGGAUGCAGUCGCGCUGACAAACCAUUGAAAUCCGCCUAUAAUCUCAUUCACCACAUCCGUUACAAACACACCGGUGAGAAGCCAUACUCUUGUGACAUUGGCGAUUGCGACAGUAAGUUUGUGCAACUCUCAGAUCUCAACGAGCACAAGCGCAACAUUCACAAGGUCGAUGACGGUUACGUCAAGAAGAAGAGAAAUUCAAAGAAGAAUGAAACCGAGGCUGCAUUGAUCUCCAACGCCACAGGUGGUACCAAGAAAUCAAAGUCAACUGCCAAUCUCAUUGCAACUGGAAAUGGUUUGAGUAGCAACUGCAAUUCAGCAUACCACCAAAAUAGCAUUAGCAACAAUAUCAAUAAUGCUUUCAUCAAUGGUAUUUCCAUUAUGGUUGACAAAGAACAAGCUAAUUUGCUUGGACUGAACAGUGGUAGUCCAAACCAAAUUCAACCAAAUAACACCAACGAACAUAAACAAUAUUUAUAUCAACAACAACAACAGCAACAGCAACAGCAACACCAUCAACAACAACAACAUCAACAACAACAACACAAGAAUAAUAAUACUGUAUAUAACUAUAACUUUAAUAAUCCAAAAUCACCAGAGUCAAGUCAUGUUGUUUCCAUAAGGGAGCUUCAUAAUCACUCUCACCACCAUCAUCACAAUCACCAACAUCACCAUUCACAUCAUUUCAAUGAUUUCGAAGCCAUCGAAGAGAUCAACGAUAAAAACAAUAGUGAUCCCAGUGAAAUGAAUCACGACGGUAUGAAUGUAGCCUCACCAUCUACUUACUUGCCGGCCUCGAAUACAUCGCCCUUGUUCAGUGAUGUCUCUGUCCAAGGCGCAAUGACGCCGGUAACCGAACAAAAGUUGUUCUCACCAUUAAUGACAUUCCCUGCCGACAACUACGACAACUAUCCAGAUUCACCAAUCUCAUUGCGUACCUCUUCCUCCAAGAUCAAUAUCCGUGGUAUCAAUCGUGAUGGCUCCAGUCGUAACGGUAGCAUCAGUCUUAACUCCUCCGGCGAUAUCCCAUCGACCGAGUCAUUCUUUGCACCAAACUCACCGAACCCUCUAAAGAUCUCUGGUUCCGGAUUGAACAGCAGCACCAACAACACUUCAAUGUCGCCAGCUCACAAGCGUGUCAGUAAUCCAAUCAGCGGAUCCGGACUCUUUGGUAAGUCAUCGGACUCUAAGCUACCUUCGAUUUUCCUCUCGCUCGAAACAAUCAACUCGAUUCCAGCCAACAUUAUGAACCAUUCAUUGAGUCUCUCGAAUGAGUCACUCAACUUUGACAGUCUGCCAAGUUUACCAUCCAACUCGUCGUCGCGUUUGAAACCACUUUCCUUCACCAACAAUCUCAAUGCUUCAAACAGUUCAACAAACAACGGAUCGAAUACCACAACAUCAAGCAGCAGCACUUCGAAAUCCAAUAACACUUUAAUUCCAUCACUUUCACCAAGAUACCACAUGCCACCGCAAUCACCUUUACAACAAACAUCGCCCAAUACACAACAGGCAACCGCUUCACCAUCUCUGACAUUGUCAGAAAAGAUAUCAGUCGUUCCAAUGACACCACCCACCGAAGUUUCUUUAUCAAUUUCAAAUACCGACAUUCGUAGAAGCACCACCUUGAUUGCAGAUGAAGAUGGAUCUAUCCGUACACUUGACAUUGAUGAAGACGAUAUCGAUGAUUAA